GUCAUAGUCAUCGUCGUCAUCCCCUCCCCCGCAGCUGCCCUGACUCGACCGACUGUGUCAGCCCGCGUCUACUAUAAUAUAGCAGACAUGGUUACUGGUAAUGCUCCACAGUCAUCCCUGCCCACCACCUCCAUGGCGUUUGGCGGCGGUGCCGUUACUGUACCUGCUGUUGUUCAUACCGCCGUUACUCCUUCAUCUACUGUCGGUAGUGACAGUGGGAGUUCUGGAUCUGCCGCGGAUUCGACCGACUAUUUCUUCGGGUUCAUCGUCACCUUCGUCGUCUUGCUACUACUCUUCGUCUCGUGCGGACUUGGCUCGCGGAGACGGUCUGCACUGCUCCGUCCACUAUGGGCACGGAAUCUUGAAACCGAUCAUGAUGGUGCAGACUUUGGUAGUGGUGGACUGUUCCUUGGAGAUCGACCAGGGUGGGGUCAGGGAAAGUCAGCGCAGCUGACACGACCCGUAUGCUGGGAGACGUGGCUGCUUCCUCGGCCGGAUGAACGGAUAUCACCUCAGUGGAAGGAUCUUCAGCCGAUAUCAGCCACGUUUGUGCGCCCGACUUCGUCUGUUGGAUUGAGGGGCCGGUCCAAAAUAUCAUCACCAACGUCGUUGCCGCUAUCUGCUGCCGCCGACUCACGCUCGCCGGCCGCAUCACAACCUAGUCUUUCGGUACUUACCCAGCCGUCAUGGUAUCGAUGCCAUCACCCUUUACCUCGCGGCAAUGCGUGCAGGGUAAGGGGGAGGGUCCAUCUUCGCUUAUCUACCCGACGUUGGGUGACAGCAUAUCAGGCGGGUAUGAGAUCGGCCUCAUACAGUUGCCAUGGACAAGCGGCGAAGUCAAAUAGCAUUUUUGCCUUUCUCCCUUCAUCAUACCUACUUGUGAAAUACCCCAUCAUGACCCUACGAUAUCUCACGUUUUUGGUAUAGUGUUUGCACAUCUUAUGUACGCCAGAUCAAAGGAUUGACGGACGGUUUUUGGAUUCUUACCAGUGACAGGUGUAUUCCUAGCUUGACCAACAAACUUGCUAUUUUCUUGGAAUUUGUUCUGCACCAGAGAGGGUGUGUGUAUGUAUGUUAAACCUUGGGUUGUA